AUGAACGGAGACAAGAAAGAGGUUUUGCAAUUGCAAACUGAAUAUGAUGAAGCACAGACUGCCACCACCAAUAGCCAGAAUUGCGAAUCGCAAUUUAUGCAACGGCCGCGCCGGUCUAUCACAGCUAGGCUUUUUGGUAUCGGUCUUAUGAGCUUGCUACUCCUUGCCGUAUUUACCCACCCUGGAUUCAACAUUGUGCGCAGUGUUUCCGACUACUACGAGUUUUCCACAGGCUUAAACGAACCUGGUUACCCUGAUCCCAGCGAUGGGGCAGUCGUCAGGUGCAUUGGUAGCACGGAGUGGGACGAAUACUAUGAGCUACCAUCAUGGGCACAGCAGUUCCCUUUUGGCAGCGAGUCACUUUUUACUCUUCCUGUCGGCUCUGACUCCUUGUAUCUCAUCUCUCGGGGCGCUUUUCAUUACGGCACUCUCACGGUGGAGCAGUCCACGGAAGCCUCAGACGAUGUCACCGUACGCAUCCGCGCUGCGUACUUCAAAGAAGAGGUCUUUGAGCGUACAAACAUUUGCUACCUCAAGCGCCAGGAAAAUCAGAAUGGAAUCGGCAUCUACGCAAGUUUUUUUCUUCAGCAUUACACCUCGAAGAGCCGUCUUCCUGGCCAAGAUGACAAAGAUCAACUCAUGUUUGAUGUCACAUUGACUUUACCCGCUAGCGCAAGCGAGGAUGCUCUCUACAUCAAGAGUUUAGAGACCUCUGCACCUCUUUUCCGCCAUGAGGUCGCAGCUUUGUCGGACACUGUUUUCUUUGGUAGCAUUUCGCUAAAUACCUUGCAUUUCCCGAUCAACGUCCAGUCUGUAGCAGCUGAGACAGGGAUUUUCACCACUGCUAACGGGCUCAUCAAAGGACACUUUCAUUCAACGUCGUCUCUCAAACUCAUCACUACCAACAUGCCUAUUGACGCAGAUGUCGUCCUAUUUCACAACGAAUCUGCGAAGCCAUCUGAAUUGGUCAUGGCAACCGCAAAUGCGCCCCUUAAUGCACGUGUAUCUUUGACCACUGCCUCUGGAUAUGGCGGAGAAUUCGGAGUUGAUGCGCAGACCGCGAACGCCCCGUUUACGCUCACUUAUGUCAACUCGACAGUUUAUUCUCAGCUCAACAGCAAGUCAAAAACCGCGAAUGCUCCGGCAACUGUACACUUGCAUAGUGCAUUCGAAGGCUCUUUCUCUAUAUCUUCUUCAAUCAUCGGGCCCUCUCUUGAGCAGCAUAGAGUCGAGGACCCUGCAGGCAAAGGGCGUGAACGCCACAUCACUGCAUCCCGCAGCUGGGGACACAUUCAGGGCUCUGUUCGUUGGGCUGAGGCCGAACAUUGUAGAAGUGGAACCGGCUUUGUCCAACUAUCGACGGUUCUAUCGCCUGCCAGGUUGAUCUUGUGA